GAGAGGACACGUUGCUCAGCUCAGCUCAGGCCGGCAGCAGCGGCGGCGGCGGUGGGGCCAAGGACCAGGAGCGGGGCCGGGGAGACGAGACGAUGCUGACCGACAGGAUACUGGAGGAGUUCGAGCGGCGGGAGGAUCCGCGGUUCCAGCAGCGGCGGGACAUGGAGCACGACCUGCAACUAGCGGCAGAGCUGGGCAAGGCGCUGCUGGAUCGCAACACGGAGCUGGAAGAGGCCCUGCAGCAGAUGUACAGCACCAACCAGGAGCAGAUCCAGGAGAUCGAGUACCUCACAAAACAAGUGGAGUUCCUGCGGCAGAUGAACGAACAACACACCAAGGUUUACGAGCAGCUUGAUGUGUCGGCGAGGGAGCUGGAGAUGACCAACCAGAAACUGGUCCUGGAGGGCAAAGCUUCGGAGAAUAAGAUAGCCAGUUUGACUGAGACGGUGGACAGCCUGCAGUCCCAGGUCGACGACCUCCAGCAGCAGAUGGAGGAGCUGAAGACCAGGUCGCGGCAGGAGCUGCUGGAGCAGCGACGGUUGGCACAGAGCUUCCCCUGCCUGACCGAGCUGUACGACUCGCACACGUCUCAGUCACAGGUCCAUGCGUUGGAGGAGGAGGGGUCCCGGCUGCGGCGCUGCGUGUCUGGGCUGCGGGCUCAGCUGUGUACGGAGCGGCGGAGAGCAGAGGGGCUGGAGCAGGAGCGUCUGCAGGUGCUGCGGGAGUGCGGCGGGCUGCAGCGGGGAGUGGCCACCAUGCACCACUACUGCCAGCGACUGGGCGAGCUGGAAGCCAGCGUGGGAGAGCUGCGGCGCAGGAGCCGUGAGCUGCACGGGGGCGCGGCGCUGCUGCUGUGGGUGGAGGGGGAGGGGGAGACGGAGGAGGUGGAGGGGGAGAGCCCGGUGGAGGAGGCAGAGGCUGAGGGGAAGAGUGGCGGGGAUGAGGGUGAUGGGCAUGAACUGAGCUGCGCCCGCCGGACGGAGGCAGUGCGACGCCGUGGCGUCUCGCUCCUCAAUGAGGUCGACGCACAGUACGGCGCGCUGCAGCACAAGUACGACAGGCUGCUGCAACGCUGCCAGCGCCCCGGGCACCCGAGCAGCCACAAGGCGGUGCAGACCCCCGGCGAGGCCCAGACCGAGCCCUCCUGUGAGGGCGGGCAGCCUGAAUACAAGGCCCUCUUCCAGCAGAUCUUCAGCUGCAUCCAGCGCACCAAGGAGGAGAUCAGUGAGGGGCGCUCGCGGUACCGGGCAGUCUGCUGGCGCCAUGCACGGGUAGAGCAGCAGCAGCAGCAGCAGCUACAGUUGGAGGAGUAGGUAGACAAAACACUACCAGUAUUGUUGCAAUAAACCUCGGGACUCCACG